CACUGUGUCCCUCGGACACAGCAGAUCACCGAUCACGGAAAGAGCCGAAGAUGUCGGCUCAGUCAUGUGAUCAGCUGUGUCCAAUCACAGCUGAUCACAUGGGACAUGUACACUGAUCAUCAGGGCACUGAUAAUCAGUGUGCCCUGAUGAUCAGUUUGGCCCCAGAAGUGCCACCUGUCAGUGUCCAUCAGUGCCAGCUGUCAGUGCUGAACAGUGCCACCUGCCAGUGCCCAUCAGUGCCACAUAUCAGUGCCUACCAGUGCACAUCAAUGCCACAUAUCAGUGCCCAUCUGAGCUGCCUUUCAGUGUCACCCAUCGGUGCCAGUCAGUGCCGCCUAACAGUG